AGACUCGACUAGUAGCCGUUUUCCGAUAUGGAAUCGAUUCUAGGGUUUAUGGAAGAAGAAGAAGCAGGGGCUUAUGACCAGGCCGAAACGACGUCGUCCUCAUCUUCGUACAGCCACAAAUUGGUGCCGUGGUUGAGCUGGGACGAGUGGCUCUUCGUCUCUCAAUCUCUCUUUUCCGAUUCACCUGAUUCCGUCCCCUCCGCUUUGAGAAGAAUAUCGGCAUGGAGAAGCAGAGGGUGUGUUCCUGCUGUGAUUGAAGUUACGGCUUCGAUUAUCGAAAUUCAGCAGAAAGAUCCUCACUUUAGAAAGGAUUGGGUGGAGGAUGGUGUGGAUAAUUUCAGAGCCGAUCGAUUAGGUGAUUCUAAAUUGUCUGAGGAAAUGCUGGCCAUGCUAUACUGCAUGGCAAUCAUGAGGCUUGUGAAUUGUGUUGUUGAGAAGACACGCAAGAAACAUGAGGUUUCAAUUGCUGAGGCUGCUGAUGCAAUUGGCAUUCCACGAUCACUGAUUGAUAUUCGUCACGAGGGAUCUCACCGUGAACUUCCCGCUCUUCAGGUUGUUCGUACUGCUUCAAUGAAGGCCCUUGAUUGGUUGAAGUACUAUUAUUGGGAACCUCAGAAGAAUGCGAUUCCAUUUCAAAGCAGUGGAAGUGCUAGCAUCAGAAAUGAAAUAAAGUCAAAGUUCCAUGAAUUGGCUUUCUUCUUGAGAGUUAAAACAACUCCUCACUCGUGUUCUUCUCAAGUCAAAGAAAAACGCGGUUACAAAAAAGAUGUUACCAAGAUAGUAAAAAGUCUUGUUGGGUUGUACUCUUCUUUCUCCUUAGAGGUUGUAUCUGUACUGUUGGAGUUGUUGUUGAACACUAAAAGUUCUUCAGAUUCAUCAGACCUUCCGGUAGAUUCCCAAAAGGGAACAACUCUACCUACGUCAUUGAAUGAGUGGAAGCCUGUGAUAACAAAAAUUUCAAAUAAGAAACCAGAGUUGCAUCUAGCUCUUCUGAAUGCAGUUCUUGAUAUGAUUGAGACAGAAGGAAUUCUGGGAAGAGGGUUGAACACAUCAACAGACUGUGGGCCAAAGAGAAGCCAAGUUGAACACCUCUCAUCUCUGUUUACCUGGCUUGUUAAAAGUUUCAAAGGAUUAAAGCUUCCUGAAAAAGAUUCUGCACCAGAUGUCAAAGUUUCCUCUCCAGAAAAAACUGUGCCAACAGCUGUUCUGAUGGAUGUCGUACGUAAAUGUCUUCUUGUAUCAGCUUCUGCUAAUAGCCAGCUCAUGGACUCUGCCCUCCGUCUUGCAAAGCUUACAGGAGAUGACCAUCUAGUGCAAAAGCUUAAUAAACUCUGUUUCUUAGUAUCAUCAAAUUUGGAUGCUACCGAAGAAAACACCAGUCUUGCAAGUCCAAAUAGUAUAUUUGUUCAGCAUGAAAAAUUUAUAAGGCAAGCAGCAAAGAAGCUAGAGUUGAUUAAAUGUCACAAGAUGAAGCAUGAAGAAGUGAAGGGAACAAAAGAUGCUGAUAUCAGAAGUUCUAAAAGAUGGAUCACAACAAAAUCUUGGACCCAGUGUCCAAUUGGAAUGUUACCUUGUGCUUUUGGGUAUUCCGGCCGCUUGCCUGUCCUGGACUAUAAUUACGAUUCUGAAAGGGAUCCUGAAGUACCUGGAGAAAACGAGAAGUGCGAACCGAACUUGUAUACAGGCAAGAGACGAGCUAGUUCUGAUAUGCAGCUGUUCGAUAAUCCAUGUGUUAAGAAGAUGAGGGAGACGGUAGUAAAUGAUUGUGUAUCAGACGAGGAAGAUGUUCUGUCCUCAGAAGAGGUCAAUACUCUGUCCUCGGAAUAUGUCAAUGGCAAACUUAUGAUUGGUGGUCUCUGGAAGAAAGUUGGGGAGGAAGAAAUACUUGCGAUUAAGUCGGCUGUGAGGAUACUAGUUUAAUGUAGUGGCAGUUUAUUUUUGCUGGAACAGUACUAAACUGUUGCAUUGAUCAAUUUUGGAAUGAGAGAACUGUCGGAAAAUAUACCAGAGAGCUGACUUACUGCGCUAAACUGUCGUGAUGACUAAUCGGAUGCCUCUGUACUUGGAUUAGUAUGCAGCAAUUUUGUCCGUGAUACUCAAUCUUCAUUUUGAAUCAUGUGCUCAUGUCUAUAUCGUAUGGUCGUGUGUUGUCUUAGAUCCCGAUCUAUUUCACAGAUAAGUCGUAAAUCUGAUAUUCCCAACUUUUGGCCCCGUCUUUAAUAUCGAAUAGGGGAAAACUGAAGCCCC